AUGUCUUUUUCGCUUUCUUACCUCCAAAGCCUCCUAUAUUCCGCCACAAUUGGCCAGAUAACAUCCGCUCUGGGCUAUCAGCACGCCAUCCACCCCUCCCGGGCAAAGAAAAGCGAGGCUCCAAUCCCGUCACGAUUCACGCCAAAAUGCCAACCCCUCAGUACCGAGAUCAUCAAGCAAGUCGAUGGAUACUUCCUCACACAUUGGCCUUUCAAAAACGAGAAAGCCCGAAAGAAGUUCGUGGCGGCGGGGUUCUCAUACGUGACAAGUCUAUACUUCCCCAUGGCGAAGGACGACCGCAUCCACUUUGCGUGCCGGCUUUUGACCUUGCUGUUUUUGAUCGAUGAUCUUCUCGAGGAUAUGUCGUUUGACGAAGGAUCGGCCUACAAUGAAAAGCUAAUGCCGAUUGCCCGGGGCGAGGUUCUACCAGACCGCAGUGUCCCCGUGGAAUGGAUCAUGUAUGAUCUGUGGGAGAGUAUGCGGGCUCAUGAUCGAGUCCUGGCAGACGGAAUACUCGAACCAACUUUUACGUUCAUGCGAGCCCAGACAGACAAGUCUCGCUUGACUAUCAAGGAAAUGGGUCCGUAUCUCACAUAUCGUGAGAAGGAUGUGGGGAAAGCUCUACUAUGUUCCCUGAUGCGAUUCUCCAUGGAACUCCACAUCACUCCGGAGGAAAUUGCUUCCGUCCGGGAGAUCGAACAAAACUGCGCCAAGCAUCUCUCUGUCGUAAACGACAUCAUGAGCUGGGACAAGGAGUAUCUCGCCUAUCAGACCGGUCACCCGGAAGGCUCUGCCAUUUGCUCUGCGGUGCAAGUCCUCGCAGACGAGACCAGUUUGUCUCAUGCAGCGUGCAAGCGGGUUCUCUGGGUGAUGUGUCGCGAGUGGGAGAAUAGACACGAGGUUCUGGUGGCUAAACGACAGACUGAUGGUGCUGUUCCCUAUGGGGAUAAUUUGAAGCUUUAUGUCAAGGGGUUGGAAUUACAAAUUAGUGGGAAUGAGUUGUGGAGUUUGACUACUCUUCGAUAUAACUCGCCUAACUAG